CUCCCCCCCCCCCAGGCUCCCUCCCUCCCUCCCUCCCGCGGCGGCUUCCCAGGCUGCUCCGCGGGUAAACAGCGAUGGCCGCCGAGGAGGGAGGCGGCGAGCCCCGCAACGACAUGGGGAACCACCUGCAGCUGGUGCCCGAGAGUGAGGAAGAGGACGACAAUGAAAUGGAAGUUGAAGAUCAAGAUAGUAAAGAAGCUGAAAAACCAAACGUCAUUAAUUUUGACACUAGCUUGCCAACAUCACAUAUGUAUUUAGGUUCUGAUAUGGAAGAAUUUCAUGGGAGAACAGUGCACGACGAUGACAGCUGUCAGGUGAUUCCAGUGUUGCCCCACGUGAUGGUGAUGUUGAUUCCUGGACAGACGUUGCCUCUUCAGCUUUUUCACCCUCAAGAGGUUAGCAUGGUGCGGAAUUUAAUUCAGAAAGACAGAACAUUUGCUGUUCUUGCAUACAGUAAUGCACGUGAAAGGGAAGCACAUUUUGGAACAACAGCAGAAAUAUAUGCAUACCGAGAAGAGCAGGAAUUUGGAAUUGAAACUGUCAAAGUGAAAGCAAUAGGAAGACAGAGGUUCAAGGUGCUUGAAAUAAGAACCCAGUCAGAUGGAAUCCAGCAGGCUAAAGUACAAAUCCUUCCUGAACGGGUGCUGCCUUCAACAAUGUCAGCAGUACAGCUGCAAUCUCUCAACAGAUGCCACAUAUUUCCUUCUUCGAAACCUACAUCAUGGCAGGACCGAGCUAUACAUCAAUGGUGGCAGAAAUAUCAAAAGAGGAAGUUUCACUGUGCUAGUUUGACGUCUUGGCCUCCCUGGCUCUACUCUUUAUAUGACGCUGAAACCUUGAUGGAAAGAGUCAAGAGGCAGCUACAUGAAUGGGAUGAAAAUCUUAAAGAUGAAUCUCUGCCAGCAAACCCAAUAGAUUUUUCUUACAGAGUUGCUGCCUGCCUGCCAAUUGACGAUGCAUUACGUAUACAAUUGCUUAAAAUAGGUAGUGCUGUUCAGAGACUCCGAUGUGAAUUGGAUAUUAUGAACAAAUGUACAUCUCUCUGUUGUAAGCAAUGCCAAGAUACAGAAAUAACAACCAAGAAUGAAAUAUUCAGUUUAUCGUUAUGUGGACCCAUGGCAGCGUACGUGAAUCCUCAUGGAUACAUCCAUGAAACCCUUACCGUUUAUAAAGCCUGCAACUUGAAUCUCAGUGGACGACCAUCGACAGAGCAUAGCUGGUUUCCUGGGUAUGCAUGGACUAUAGCCCAGUGCAGAAUCUGUGGGAACCAUAUGGGCUGGAAGUUCACGGCUACCAAAAAGGAUAUGUCACCUCAGAAAUUCUGGGGACUGACGCGGUCGGCUCUGCUGCCCAGGAUUCCAGAAACAGAGGACGAAUCAGGCCACGAUAGAUCGCCGUUGCUCUGCUUGUAAUCUAGUAACCUGCUUUGGAAAUGAACAGGCAGUAGUCUGUCUCUUAAACCAGUCUGCUCAGUUCUGCUUCUGAUGCUUACUUUAAAAAAAAACAAAAAACAAAAAAACAAAAAAACCCCACACCCACACAAAACAAGCAAGCAGGCAUCACUACAUUUGGGGUUGGUGUGCAUACACAUUACUGUUGUUUGGGACACGCUAAGAAUUGCAGGUUGAAUCUUUAAAAUGGCAGCUUGGGAGAGAAGGUAGCGUGAGACACCAGGAAACUGAUGUGAUUCAUCUGGACAGACUUGACUCUGAACUUUCUACUUCUGUGUAUAAUUUCAGAAAAUGUUUACCACUCUUGACCUACAGUGAAAGAAGGGGGGAAAACUAAAAUUACAGUUAAACAAGGUAUGAUUUAUGCAAUUUCUGUAUGAUGGUAGAUACCAAUUAUUCACUGGAAUAUUUUCCCACGAUACGCAUAGUGUUUUUGCAGAGAAUCCCUGUUUCUAACUAUGUGUAAUACUUCCAAUUUUAUGCUCGUGCUGAUUCUCAAAUAUUUGCUGAAUGACCAUCAAAGAAAGUAAAAGGCCGAAAUCUCUAUUCUGAUGGGUGCUGUGUAGUAAUGUCAUCCUGUUCGCAGUGCUGUACCGAGCAGAAGCAAGAGCUUCCUGCUCCCUGCAGCCAGAACAAUUACAUUGCAAAAUUCCCUUUGAAAGGAAUCCUAUAGGAAGUGUUCGGUCCUUGGAAGUUACUUGGUAAUUUAGCAUGUUUGCCUUUAGCUGUCUUUUAAAUUUUAAAUUAUUUAUACUAAAUACACAGGUUGAUCCCAGUACAUAAGCUAUAUUGUCAUUUCCCGUUAAUGUGUUUGCAUUCACUUUUCAAAUGACUUCUCUGAAGCCUCGUUUACCUGUAUAGAUGCCCAAGUUCUGUGAAGUGCGCUCUAAAAUAACUAACUAGGAGACUUCACUAAUACAUACUUUGACAAGGUGGAGGCAACAUACCUUUACUUUUUUUUUCUUUUACACUUUCAUAUGAUAAGGUGAAAUUUUACGUUGUUACCAUGCUCACCUGACAAAAGGCAAAAGUUUCUAAAUCAGAAAUAAAAGGCAGAGGUUUUCUUUUCUCCCCCCCGCCCCCCCCCCCAGGUGCUGUCUGUGCUACAGAAAUGGGUGCCAAAAUGGGGCAGCUUUUGCUGCUUUUUUUCCCCCCCUCCUCUCCUCAGAAUGUGUUUUGGUGCAGACUGAAGGCAGUAGAUUUCUUAGGUAUGUGUGUAUACAUACAUAUUUAUUUUCCUCUUUUCAUGUUUUUACAUUCAGUCAAUUUCUUCAGUGUAAAUCUUCGAGAACUUGCGCUGUUAAAGAUACGACACAAAAAUACUUAAGACAUAAACCACCAUUUGCUCCAUCCCCUCCACACCCAUGCAUCAAAUGUACGUAGCAUGGACAGGUUACUUCAGUGAAAAGCUAAAGUCAAGCCUCUCUUUUAAAAGACAAGUAGUUGGUUUAAAUGGUAAUGUGUCUGUUACAUUGCAGCUGAAAAAACAUCCAGAUGUGAAAAGAUGCUAGAAAGGCUGUUAGGAUACUUAGUAUACUAGGUGUGUAGAAACUAAUGGUUGUGCAACUCAGGUUUAGUUCUUUGAAGCCUUCUACCUCUGUGCUUCUGCGAUAACUUUUGUUCCCUCUGUAGACACCUUUAAUACAGUAUUUAAUUUUGUGUGCAGUGCUCUGACUUGCCAGUGAACUGUGAAAAGCAAUACUUCUUUUAAUAUCAUUCUGAAUAAGUAGAGGGUGAGUGAUGGCUCAUUUUCUUAAAGAAAACAUCCUGUAUUUUGCUUAUGUUUCUCUAAUAAGCUUUUGGAACACUAAGACGGUAAGUGCUAGUGUGAAAGAGCGAGACUGUGAAACGUCUGUACUUAUAUAACCACUGAAACCAUGUUUAGAUUCCCCCGCACUCCUUGCACUCACAUGCGUGCACACACGUGCAUGCAAACACACGCGUGGUUUAGUUGUAGGCUUGGUUUAUUUUUUUUCCCCUGAAGAGAUACUGAGUAUCUGGUGUUCCCGUUACCAUAAAUAGGGCUUUUAGGCACUUAGAAGUUUAAAGGUAGUUUGAAGUAUUUCCCAUUUCCAUUCUUCUUAAGCAUUUACUGAGGGUAUGGUGAGUGAAUUGAAUGUUUUCUCAGCUCUCACUGAACCUCAUAAGGUGCUUUGGGUUUUGGCCACGUCUUUCAGAUUGCUUCAAUUAAAAGUGAUGUUAUGUUGGCAUAUUUUUGGUAUUGUGUACAUAUAGACAAAUGUAAACUAAUAUAAUCAAGUGAGAUAAGUCAGAAGUAAAUUUAGCACUAAGUUAAUUUUAUUGUUGAUGCUGCUUUUCCAUUUGCCUCAUCCUCGGUGCAGUGGUUACCAUUACAAAGUUCAUGGCACCUUCUAAGCUGAAAACGAGUGUGGUUGAAGUUACUGCAGCGACUAUGAAUCCUGCUGGGGUAAAGCGAGCCGUUUCAGUGCUCCAGCUGCAAGAGAUCUCCAGACGUACAGUAUGUGACUUAAGCUACGGGCGUAGAGUUGUGAGGGGUUCUGUGCAGCCGCUAGUGUUUUCUGUGCUUUUUUCUCUUUUUUUGAGGAGAAAACGACUAGAGUGUUGGGACUGAGGAAAAAAGUUACUGACCAAUAUGGUAUCAUGUGCUUCUGGGAGCUAAGGACAAAGGAAAUCGGCAAAUUUUGUGAAAGUAACUGUAUUUGCUACGUUCACUGGUUGGCCUGUAGUUGAGGCCGAGGUGCUGGCUGCUGCCCGGCGGGUGGUUUUAGCUCUUCCCCACCACAACUCUGUGCUCCCGGCAGACGGAGGAGCUGCGGGGACACGGGGCUGGUGGAUCUGGCCAAGGCGGCAGGACGAGCAAACAAACGUCUUGCAGGGGCAGAACCGGGACUGCACCUGCGUUCAAAGCUGUUGCGAUAGCGCAAAUGCCAUAUACAAUCUCAGCCUGUAAAACUGCGACUUUCCCCCCGCUUUAGUUCUGGUGUAUAGAGAGAUUCACGAGAGGCCCCUUCUGCUGCCUUUUCUGUUCUAACACGCUUUCAAAUAUUGUACCAUUCUUUUUUUUUUUUUUUUUAUAAUGAUGUUAUUUUUGUAUGUGCUGCCGUUCAUUUUGUUCCUCAUUAUUUUUUCACCUUUGUUAUAACUGCUUUGUGAAAGCUGCGGCUGGGGUAGCACGUUCUCUGCGCUCACUCUCCCUUCGUCCGCCUUUUGAGACACCUUUUCAGAGAAGAUCUUGUUGCUUGCAGACGUUUGCUAAGAAUAAAACUCAGUCUGUUUCAAAACUGA